AUGUUGAGCUUAAAGUACGCACAUUACUGGAUACAGGUUCUCAGCAUUCAUGAAACUUUCUCCUUUCAAAUCGAAGCACUUUCCGAGAGCAAAAUUUGUGGCACAGUGCCAAAAGUGAACGAUAGUAAAAUUAUUAAUGAACUGAAAGAUAGAGGCGUCAGUUUGUCUGAUUUGGGUUCUUCUGAUCGUGAGAUUGAUCUGCUUUUGGGAGCAGAUAUUGUGGGCAGUUUAUUUACUAAUAAAUCUGUUCGGUUGGAGUCAGGGUUAUUUUUGAUUGACACUUGUUUGGGACAUGUGUUAACUGGGAAGCAUGAGUCAUUUGGAGAUAGAAAUGAUGAUACUGUUUUGAAUGCAAUUUCGUUGUAUGUUAGUAAUUAUUCGAUAAAAGAUUUGUGGUCUUUAGAAUCCAUAGACGGUAGAUAUGAACUUUGUUUACCUUUUAAAUCUGAUGUGGCCGAUUUGCCGACAAAUAAAGAUUUAACUUGGAAGCGGCAUAAAAGGAUGUGCCAGCGAGCACAAGAUAAAGCAUUUUUAGAAGAAUAUACUACGAUUUUCCGGGAAUGGGAAAAAUUGAAUAUAAUUGAAAAGGUAACUGAUAAUAUUGAGACGGGACAUUUUUUACCUCAUCGGCCAGUAAUUAAGGACAGUACCACUACAAAAAUCAGACCUGUCUUUGACGCGUCAGCCCGAGAAAGUGGUAAAUGCUCUUUGAAUGACCUUUUGUAUAAGGGUCCGAACUUACUAGAAAUAAUUCCAGAGAUACUUGAUAGGUUUCGAAUUCAUCCAAUAGGAUUAUCUUCAGAUAUUGAGAAAGCAUUUCUGAUGCUAAGUAUAGCCCCUCAACAUAGAGAUUUCUUGCGGUUUUUUUAUCCGUCCGAGAGUGAACAGAUUGUUUACCGACAUCGCAGAGUAGUAUUUGGGUUAAAGUCGAGUCCAUUUUUAUUAGCAGCCUCAAUUACACAUUUAUUAGAUAAUGUACCAUCUGAAUUUGAUGCUAUAGCACAAAAACUGAAACAUUCUUUUUACGUAGAUAAUUGUGUUUCUGGUGUUGCAAAUAUUGAGGAGCAGGAAAGAUUUUAUUGUCUGUUGAGUCCUGCAAUCUUACCACCUAAGCUUUUACUGCAGGAAACGUGGAAUUUAAAUCUAAAGUGGGAUACUCCCUUACCAGAUAGUAUUCAAAUGUCUUUUAAAAUUUUAAAAGAUGGUUUAGAGAAAUAG